AUGAUGCGGUUCUUGCCGUGCUACCAGGCUGUCGAGAGCAUGCGCAACGGCAUGGCGCCGACAGAGGCGGCCGAGAAUGCUGUGCGUAGGAUGGUGCGCAAAUACCCGGCUGUGGCCAGCGGUAUCGUCGUCGUUGAUAAGGACGGAAACCAUGGCGCCGCGGCGUCGGGCUGGGGCGGCACGUUUGCAUAUGCGUAUCGUGGAGGCAGCAUGAACGCCACCGUUGUUGUUGAGGUGCCGAAUCUGAAUGAUAAGAACGCUCAUGAAUCAACUUGGUUCACGGUCCGCUGUGAACCGUGA